AUGCCUCUCCUCGCGCAGAACCCCAAAGACCGCGUCAUCCUCGGAUUGAUGACAUUUGGUCCCGAUGAGAGCAGCGGCGCACGUAUCACAGAGUUUGACGAAUUCACCAAGCACCUUGAUUACUUCCAGUCCCAAGGCUACGAUGAAAUCGACACUGCGCGCAUAUACGUUGGCGGGAAGCAAGAGGCAUGGACGCGCCAGGCCGGAUGGAAAGACCGUGGCUUCACCCUCGCCACCAAAGUCUACCCCUAUGAGGCUGGCGUCCACAAGCCCGACAGGCUGAAAGAGCACUUUGAGACUAGUCUCAACGAGUUGGGCGCAGACUGCGUGGACAUUUUCUAUCUGCACGCACCAGACCAUUCCGUGCCAUUCGAGGAGACUCUUGGUGCCGUCAAUGAGCUGCACAAGCAAGGCAAAUUCGUCAAUUUAGGGUUGUCUAAUUUUGCCGCCUGGGAAGUCGCGGAAGUGUACAACAUCUGCAAGGAGCGGGGAUGGGUGAAGCCGACCAUCUAUCAAGCCAUGUACAAUGCUAUCACUCGUGCCAUUGAACCCGAGCUUAUUCCAGCUUGCCGCAAAUACGGCAUCGACAUUGUCAUCUACAACCCCCUAGCCGGUGGUCUCUUCUCCGGCAAGAUCAAAUCCAAGGACAUCAAGCCUGACGAAGGCCGUUUCGGCACCAAAGCAAAUCGCGUCGGAAGCAUGUACCGUGACCGCUACUUUAAAGACGCUACUUUCCAGGCACUCAAGAUUGCUGAAGAGGCUGCGCAGAAGCAUGAUUUGACCUUGCUUGAGAUCGCGCUGCGAUGGUGCGUUCACCACUCCGAAUUGAAGACUCGGGUCAAAGGCGGCAACGACGGCGUGAUCAUUGGCGUCAGCAGCUUGAAGCAGUUGGAAGGGAACCUUGCGGAUUUGGAAAAGGGUCCGCUCCCUGAUGAUGUCGUGAAGGCGUUGGAUGAGGCUUGGAUGGCUGCCAAGGCUACAGCGCCGACUUACUUCCGCUAG